CUGUUUGGCCGUGGCUCGACAGUAGCGGCGGCGGGCGGCGUGCUUGCUCAGUGAAUCACAUGCCUGCAGCGUCCCCGUUAUCCUCCGUUAUAAAUACGAGCAGCAGAGAGACUGGAGCAGCUUCAGACGGUCUGGAGUCUCAGGAAACGCACACAGGUUUUUUGUCUCAUCAUUGCCUGCUGGCCCCGUGAGAGUCAGAGAGGAUGUUGAUGAUGAUGAUGAUGAUGAAGAAGAAGAAGGCAUCCAAGAUCCUGGCGGUGGUGGCUCUUCUGGUGGCCGCGGUCAACGGUGUCGUGCUUCCAACAAAGGAAGACCUGUACCAGAUCUCCCAGCAGGGAGAGAAAUAUCUGGAUCGACAGAUUGAAAAUGCCGUUAACGGAGUGAAGGAGAUGAAGACCGUGAUGCAGAAAUCCUCAGAGGACCACCAGAAGCUGCUGGAUGCCCUGCAGAAGACCAAAGAGCAGAAAGAGGAGGCGAUGCGUGCGGCUCAGGAGAUGGAGACCAAGCUGGAGCAGGAGGAGGAGGUCUGUAACGAGACGAUGAAGGCCCUGUGGGAGGAGUGUAAGCCCUGUCUGAAGAACACCUGCGUUAAAUACUACUCUCGAACCUGCAGCAGCGGAUCUGGACUGGUGGGACGUCAGCUGGAGGACGUGCUGAACAGAACGUCUCCGUUCUCCAUCUGGAUCAACGGGGAGAAGAUCGACGUCCUGGAGCAGGAGGGACAGCGACAGAGCAAAGAGUUCAGGAACCUGGAGGAAAAAUACACCGAGAUGGCCGACGGUGUGGACAGCAUAUUCACAGACAGCAUGAAGGUGGCGGAUCAGGUGCACUACAACCCUCCAGUCUUCUAUCUUCCUAAUUUCCUGGGGCCGUACGCUCGCCGCACCCGAAGCAUUCGCUCUCUGUUCCGCGAUCCUCUCCACAGCUUCCAGAACUUAUUCUCCCCGAUGUCGGGCAUGAGCAGGAACUUCUUCAGCUCCAUGGGCUCCAUGAUGGACAUGGACUCAGACACACCUCCUAAUGAGGACGGCAGCGUGAAUGAGGAUGUGGUCAUCACCAAACCUUUUGGCAACGGCAGGAUGACCUGCAGAGAGAUCCGCCGCAACUCAGCCGGUUGCCUCAGGUUCCGCGAAGAGUGCCAGAAGUGCAAAGAGAUCCAGCACAUUGACUGCUCCGGGAAGAGACCCCUGGAGGGCCCUCUGAAGGAGGAGCUGGAGGAGGCCUUGGCCAUGGCCGAGCGCUUCACGCAGAUGUACAACAACCUCCUGUCGAGGUUCGAGGAGCAGAUGCUCAACACCUCCUCCCUCCUGGACAUGCUCAACAGCCAGUUCGGCUGGGUGUCGUCUCUGGCCAACAACACCAAAGACAACAUCUUCCAGGUCCAGACGGUGAUCUGCAAGGACACUGAGGAGAAGCCGGCUGGGGAGGAGAAGCAGCCCGAAGAGACCGCCGUGUCCGUGCAGCUCUUUGACUCUCCGCCAAUGAACGUCAGCGUGCCGAGCGACAUCCCCUGGACCGACCCCAAGUUCUCCGAGGUGGUGGCUCAGAAGGCUCUGGACCGCUACAAGGAAACCAGCGUCAUGGUGAAAUAAAAGUCUCCGUUGGCUUCUCACCCCCACCCUGCACUGUUAGCUGACCAGAGAAUGUUCUGGAUUCAUCAAAACUCACCUGAAAAAUCUCCUGAAGCCAAACAACUGAUUCUGAUGCAAAUCUGAAAAGAGUCCCGCUUUUGCAAAAGACACAGUUUUAACCUCAGAGAUUUAUAUCGUUCCACUAGAGCUCUUUGUCCUGCUGUAAGAGAAGAUAUUCAGUAGCUGUAGAGAACAGGCUUGUGUCAUGUCUCAUGUCUAUAGUACCUCCAACAUAAGGUCUUAUACAUUAUGUGAGCUGCACUUCUCAUGCUUGAGUCCAAACUGACGUGACUCUGAAAAUGAUUUUUUUUUUCUUCUCUGCAUUCAGGCUUUUUUAACACACAAAGAUUAAACCAGUACUUCUUCCAGGAAGAUUCAGUAUAACGCAGAUUUGUAAACCUCUAUUUGUAGGCUCUUUCGGUGACUUCGAUGACCUGGGUGACCCUUCUACAGAUCUCUGAUCGAUUUCAUCUGAGUUGGUUGAAGUGGUUGAUUUGCUGGAGUUGAACUCACUGAAGCGGUGGAAGUGAAAUACUGUAGCAGUUGGUUACGUUGAGGAUUUCUUUGGGCCCCCUCUGUACAGCAGCCUGUCAUUGAAGCAAUACAUAGAGAUGUAAUAAAGCCUGCUUGAAUCCA